AUGCUAUCCCUCCCCCUACGCCGCCGCCACCUCCUCCGCCUCUGCACUCGCCGGAACCCUACCCUCCUGCGCCUCUCCAUCGCCGCCGCCCUCUCCACCGCCCCUACCGCCGCUGCCGCCGCCGCCGCCACUCCCAUUUCCGACCGCCUACGCGUCCUCCGCUCCCUCCACGCCGUCGCCCCUGACCACCUCCUCUCCCACCCGCUCCCCUCCUCCGCCCACGUCUGCCUCGCCGCCCACCUCGCAGCCCGCGCCCGCCUCUUCGCGCACUCCCGCCGCCUCCUCUCCCGCCUGCUUGCGCGCUACCUACCGUCCGUCGUCGACACCCUCCUCUCCCUGCUCGCCGACCACGGCCUCCUCGACGACGCCGUCCGCGCCCUUGUCCGCGUGCGGCAGCUGCGGGUGCCCCCGAACACCCGUACCUGCAACCACAUUCUCCUGCGCCUAGCCCGCAACCGCCAAGGCGGUCUCGUCAGGCGGCUCUUCGACCAGCUGCCCGCGCCCAACGUGUUCACGUUCAAUAUCGUGAUUGAUUUUCUGUGCAAGGAGGGAGAGCUUGUGGAAGCGAGGGCACUGUUCAUGAGGAUGAAGGCGAUGGGCUGCUCGCCGGACGUGGUCACUUACAAUUCUUUGAUUGACGGGUACGGCAAGUGCGGGGAGCUGGAGGAGGUGGAGCGGUUGGUGUCAGAGAUGAGGAAGUCUGGAUGUGCAGCUGAUGUUGUGACGUACAAUGCAUUGAUCAAUUGCUUUUCCAAAUGCGGGAGGAUGGAGAAGGCGUACAGCUACUUUGGGGAGAUGAAGAGGCAUGGAGUGAUGGCAAAUGUGGUUACAUUUAGCACUUUUGUCGAUGCAUUUUGCAAAGAAGGGUUGGUCCGGGAGGCAAUGAAGCUGUUUGCACAGAUGAGGGUGAGGGGGAUGAUGCCAAAUGAGUUCACUUAUACUUCAUUGGUCGAUGGCACUUGCAAGGCAGGGAGGAUAGAUGACGCCAUUGUAUUGCUUGAUGAAAUGGUGCAUCAGGGGUUGGUGCCAAAUGUGGUGACGUACACUGUUAUGGUCGAUGGCCUUUGCAAAGAGGGUAAGGUUGCUGAAGCAGAUGAUGUUUUCAGUCUGAUGGAGAGAGCUGGUGUUAAAGCCAACGAGUUACUCUACACUACACUGAUCCAUGGGCAUUUCAUGAAUAAGAACAGUGAGAGGGCUCUGGAUUUGUUGAAUGAGAUGAAGAAUAAAGGAAUGGAACUGGAUGUCUCUCUCUAUGGCACCCUCAUUUGGGGUCUCUGUAAAGAUCAAAAGGUGGAUGAAGCUAAGAGUCUGUUACAUAAAAUGGAUGGCUGUGGUUUGAGACCUAAUACUGUCAUUUAUACGGCAAUAAUGGAUGCCUUAUUUAAAGCAGGAAAAGAGUCAGAGGCCGUUGCCUUACUCCACAAGAUUCUGGAUUCUGGGUUCCAACCUAAUGUUGUUACUUAUUGUGCAUUAAUUGAUGGAUUGUGUAAAGCAGGAUCAAUCUCCGAGGCCAUCUCCCAUUUUAAUAAAAUGAGAGAGUUAGGCCUGGAUCCAAAUGUACAAGCUUACACCGCCUUAAUUGAUGGUUUUUGCAAGAUUGGUUCCUUGAAUAAGGCUGUGCACUUGAUGAAUGAAAUGGUUGACAAGGGUAUGUCUCUUGACAAAGUUGUGUACACAUCUCUUAUUGAUGGGUACAUGAAGCAGGGAAAUCUCCAGGAUGCAUUUGCACUCAAGGCCAAGAUGAUUGAAAGUGGUUUGCAACUUGAUCUCUAUUGUUACACUUGUUUUAUCUGGGGCUUCUGUAAUAUGAAUAUGAUGCAAGAAGCUAGAGGAGUUCUUUCAGAAAUGAUUGGGACUGGCAUUACUCCUGAUAAGACGGUUUACAACUGUCUGAUAAGAAAAUACCAGAAAUUGGGGAACAUGGAGGAAGCGUUAAGUCUUCAGAAUGAAAUGGAAAGUGUUUUAAACUCUUGCACAGAAGAUGAUACUGCUUCUGUCAGUCGUGUUUUAGGACCUCGUACUCCCAAAAGGUAUCAAUUGAAGGACUUGUCCUGGAGAUCAAAGGAUACGACUGUUAAUGGGAAAGAGAACUAUGGUCAAGAGACAGUGCAUGAGGAGAAUACCAAGUCCUGUGAACAUGAAUAUGGAAAUCACUGCCUCUGGUCUAUUGAACAUAGGGAAGUAAUGAAGGAUGCCAUUGUCAAGAGGCUUAAAGAUCAACUUUUUAUGGCAAGAGCUCAUUAUCCUAUUGUUGCAAAAUUGAAGCAACAGGAAAGAUUUACACGUGAACUGAAGCAAAACAUCCAAGAGCAUGAACGCAUGCUGAGUGACACAAUCACAGAUGCUGAUCUUCCACCAUUUUUUGCAGAGAAGCUGGAUAAGAUGAAGCACACAAUUGAGCGAGCCGAGUCUUGUGAAGUGGGAUGCUCGAAUGUUGAACGGAAACUUAGGCAGCUACUUGAUAUAACUGAAGAUGGAGCUUAUUUCCAUACAAGGCAGAGUGCAUUUCUAUAUCAUCUUGGGGUCCAGACUAUGCCGAAACUCACCAUUGCUUGA